AGAAGCCAGCCAGUGCAUUCUCUGUACAAGGUAAAAAGUCACCAUAUGGUUACAAAAUUUGUAUUCCCCAUCCAAAGUUAACAUCCCAUCCCAAUUUUCUGCCACAACAAGCUAUUAAAUAUACUCAUUAACUUAAUUAUAGGAUAGGGACUUAACAUCAAUUAAAUGGAAAGAAAUGAACACAUAAUAACCAUCUGAUUUUUUUGUUUGAUGAUAAUACUGCCUGAAGGAAAAUGCAGUUACCUCUGGAUUGGUUUACUUUAUGAUUAUCAAAUUAUCAAUUCUUGAGUUUUCUUUAUGGUAAUGAUAUACAAUAUUGAACAAAACAAAAAAUGAAUAGAGAUUUAGAAGGUUACCUGCUCCUACACUGUCCAAUUUCUGAUGAGAAGAUCUAACAAAUUCAAAACCUUUUCCACGCCAUUAGUACUAUUACUAAGAUGACUCAAAGCCUCCUUCAAUUCCAGUGCCUCCCUGAUCCGUGCCUCUCUCAACAAACUCCUGAAAAUUCUUUCUCUCAACCCUUCUCCUGGCCUCAAAUUCACCUUCACCAUGUCCCUUAAAACACUCAAGCCCUCCAGUACCAACCCAGUCCUACAAAACUCACCCACCAAAACCCCAUAUACCGUCUUCUCAACCAUACAAGGAGACUCGGGUCUCAGCAUCCAAUUGUACACUUUCAAGGCAUCUUUUGACCUACCCUUUUUGAGAUAUGAAGUAAUGAGCAGGGUGGUGAUGGAUGCAAGACAUGAGUGUGCCCGUGGGGUGUGCUUGAGGCGGUUCAACAGUGACAUGGGUAGCUUUAAAUCUGGUUGGAGAGUGAGGGAAUGGAUGAGAAUCGAGAAAGAAAAGGACCUGGGACAAGGGUUUGCCAUGAGUGCUGUGGUAGUGAGUUGGAUUGCUGGGGUUAGGUGGUUUGAGAGGCAAAGGCGUGGGAUUAGGAGGUUGAUUUUAGUCAACUCUUCUGGGGUGAAUGCCAAUUCUUUGGAUUUGGAGUUUGCAGAACUGUCAUCAGGGAUUUUUGAUAUUAGGGAAGAUAUACAAGAAAAAGAAACUGAGAAAGAUAGUUUUCCUGCUGCAUCUGGUGGAUGAAUGCUUAAGGGUUUUGAGAGGAGGAAUUGAAAGUUUUGCCAUUUGGUGGACUUCAUUGGCUCUCUUGGACGACGGCACGCCGCUGCUAUCAGGGUAAAGACUGGCUCAAUGCCGUGGAAAAUUAUUGACCCAUAGAAAAUAUAUAAAUAUCAUCUUUCAAU